UGUGCAAUUAAAGAAUAUUGAACAUUUUGUUGUACAUAUUGGUGGUUUUCUUUCUGCUCCACUAUUCCUUCAGAAAUGUGUCAUUUCUGCUGUGAUGUCAUGCUCAGGUCACGUGACGCUCAGGUGAGACGCAGGUGUAAGUGGAGGCGCUCCAUCCAUUAUUCAGACGGAGGAAUCUGAUUGGCUGCUGCACACCUGUGGUACUCACACGAGUGUCUCUUCUUUCUGUCUUCAGAGUGUGUGUUUUGCGGGUCGAGAGAGUCCCGGAUCUGGUCAGAGGUGAAGAUGGUUUCUCCUGCGAUCGCUUUGGCUUUACUUCCUCUGUUACUCACGCUGAUCAUCCGUUACCGUUAUUUCUUCGUGCUGCUGUACCGGGCCGUACUGAUCCGCUGGGUGCGCGACUGUUUAUCGGGCCUCAGCCGAGAGGAACGGGCCUUUCAGUACAUACUGACCCACGCCACGCCGGGAGACUCCCAGAGCAUCCUGGACACCUUUGACCAGUGGUGCAGCAAAGUGGAGUUCAUCAGCAACAUCGGGCCCAAGAAAGGUAAGAUCCUGGACCGACUGUUGCAGGAACACUGCCCGAUCACUGUUCUGGAACUGGGCACUCACUGCGGUUACAGCACCGUUCGCAUCGCCCGCUCGCUGCCCAUCGGCGCUCGCAUCUACUCCGUCGAGAUGGACGAGCGAAACGCUGCCGUGGCCGAGAAAAUCAUUCGACUGGCGGGUUUUGACGAAGACAUGGUGGAGCUGAUCGUGCGCCCGUCGGAUGAGGUGAUCCCGCGCUUGCGUGAGGAUUUCGGCGUGGAGCGCCUGGACUUUGUGUUCAUGGAUCACUGGAAGCGCUGUUAUCUGCCGGACCUGCACCUGCUGGAGGACAGUGGGCUUCUGGGAGAGGGCUCCAUCAUCCUAGCGGAUAACGUCAUCUUCCCCGGAGCGCCAAACUUCCUCCGGCACGCGCGGCGCUGCGGCCUGUAUGAGGUCAGAGUUCACCGCGCCACGCUCGAGUACAUCCGGGGCAUCCGGGACGGCAUGGCGGAGCUCACCUUCCUCGGGAUCAAGUAAAGCUUUCAAC